GUUUAUAAACAUAACUAAGGGUAGAACGAACCAACGAACCCAAAUCGAGUAAGUAAUUAUUAAGAUGGCGCAAGUGAGGAACAAGCAAGUGGUUCUUAGGAACUAUGUCACUGGUUUUCCCAAAGAAUCCGACAUGAAAAUCGUUGAAGGGACCAUAACUUUGAAGCUUCCAGAAGGUUCCAAAGAGGUUUUGCUAAAAAAUCUCUACUUGUCUUGUGAUCCAUACAUGCGACUCAUCAUGACCAAGGGCUCUGCUUCGGAUUUAGGUGCCUUCACCCCUUCCUCUCCAUUGACAGGAUAUGGUGUGUCUAAAGUCCUAGAAUCCGGACACUCAGAUUAUAAGAAAGAUGAUUUAGUGUGGGGCUUUACUAAAUGGGAAGAGUACAGCUUAGUCUCUUCAACUCAAAUACUUUUUAAAAUUGAGCACACUGAUGUUCCACUUUCUUACUAUACUGGAAUUCUUGGUAUGCCUGGGGUAACUGCUUAUGUUGGUUUCUUUGAAAUAGGCUCUCCUAAAAAAGGAGAGAAUGUUUUCAUUUCAGCUGCCUCUGGUGCAGUUGGUCAACUUGUUGGUCAGUUUGCAAAAUUGACCGGUUGUUAUGUUGUUGGAAGUGCUGGAAGUAAAGAAAAGGUGGAUCUCUUGAAGAAUAAAUUUGGAUUUGAUGAUGCCUUUAACUACAAAGAAGAACCAGAUCUUGAUGCUGCAUUGAAAAGGUACUUCCCAGAAGGCAUUGAUAUUUAUUUUGAAAAUGUGGGGGGAAAGACACUUGAUGCUGUACUCUUGAAUAUGAGAGUUCAUGGUCGCAUACCUGUUUGUGGAAUGAUCUCACAGUAUAAUCUUACUCAAUUAGAUGGUAUAACAAAUUUAGCAAAUAUCAUAUUUAAGCGGGUUCGUAUGGAAGGUUUUCUUGCAAAUGAUUUCUAUCACUUAUAUCCCAAAUUCUUGGAGUUUCUAUUGCCUCACAUUAGAGAAGGGAAGGUUGUGUAUGUGGAAGACAUUGUUGAGGGCCUUGAGAAUGGCCCUACAGCCUUGGUUGGCCUCUUUAGUGGUCGCAAUGUUGGUAAACAAGUGCUAGUUGUUGCUCGAGAAUGAAUCAAAUGUUUUUGCUUGUUGGUUGUUUUGUGUUGAUUAUGAGUAUGGACAUUGAAAAUUCCAAUCAUCUUCAUCUGUGAUGUUUGUGAUAGUUUUGUGGGCAAGUGUUAGUUGAAAUGUAAUUCCCUUUUGUAACAUUAUGAUUGAGUCUUUUGCAUAUGUAAUAUUGAUACUUCUAAACUUCAUGUCAUGAAGAUGAUAAUGGAAAGUCAUUUUUUAAGAUUAAA